UUGGCGGCGUAGAUUAGCAUAAUCAUUUCAGUUAUGUAAAUGAUAUAUACUAAGUGUUCAUCAUCAGAAGCUGUACUUGAUGUAUUGGUAGUAAAUUGGUAGUGUUAUAUACUUGGAAAGAGUUUCUUUAACGUGCUCUGGAGUUGAAAAUUUUUGUCUGAAAGAUGUUGGCUGUUUUUGAAAAAUCUAUUGGGAAACCUCCUGAAGAACUAAGCAUUCCUUUGAUUCGUUCUGCAUCUCCAUCAUCGUCAUGCAAGUGUCGCAGGGAAAUUGCAGAAGUUUUUCGAUCAUUGCAUCCAGAUUCAUCAAUUUAUAACCUUGCCAAUGGAAAUAUUAUGGCUUUAUCCCAUGAUGGUGAAAAUCUUCUGCAGCCAAGGUCAAUUGUUGUCAUGGAUGAUGUGUUCUGCAUUUUCGUCGGCAAUUUAGCGAACAUUUGUGAACUUAAACGGCAUUACGGCCUUUCUCUACAUACAAAUGAGCCACUGCUAAUUAUAGAAGUCUACAAAGUUCUUCGAGACCGCGCACCAUAUCCUCCUGAUCAAGUCAUCAGAGAUCUUAUUGGUACGUUUGCCUUCGUUCUAUAUGACGCCAAAUAUAAGAACCUUUUCGCUGCUCGGGACCGUGACGGGGGUAUACAAUUCAAAUGGGGUGUGGCAGGAGAUGGAUCGUUAGUCUGCUCUGACUCUCCCGAUAUCAUAUCAGAGUCUUGCGGAAAGUCUUGCGCAGCAUUCCCUCCUGGAUGCAUUUUCAUGAGUGGGAAUGGAUUGGUUAGUUUUGUGCAUCCUCUCCACAAAGUUAGAGCAGUCAUUCGAGAAGAAGAUGAUGGCAGUAACGGGAAAGACUGUACUGUUAUGUUCCAAGUAGAUUUGUACACUCGGCUUCCUAGCAUUCCACGUACGGGAAGUGCUUCGAAUUGGGCAGAUGCAACCAAAGUCAUUCAGAGUAGUGCUGAAUAAAGAGAUGGUCGAGAGCGGAAUCAACUAAACGUAAAAGUGUGAGUUCCUGAGAGUUAAUCAAUGUUAGUCAAUUUGCUAGUUCCAGCCAUACUACAAAGCCCAUGGCUUGCACUCUUAUUAUGAAUGUAUGAAGCAUGCCAAAUAUGAAUAAUUUGUACUGGUAUUAUUCAUCGAGCAAUAAACAUAUGUGGGAAA